GUGAACAUCUCUCAUCCUUCUUAGGCUUGUGCGUAAAUUCCAAACGGAUGAACAGGUGACUUUGAUUAUUUCAUUGUGUUUUUCCUUUAGCUUCUUGCGGUGCUUCAGUUAAACAUGUCCGAAAGAUCGCAGAGCCCGGUUUCCGAGUGCCAGAGCAGGCCGUAUGACUUCAGCCGAGCCAACCCGUGCCCCCAGGCCUCGGGUCAGGAGGGUGUUGUCGGUGCUGGGUCAUUCCAACUUCCUCAUGGCGUCCUGCCUGACCCGGGCCUGCUCUACAACAAAACCGCCUACAGUGGCAUCGCGCCGGGCUCUGCGCAGACCUUUUUCCCUUUCCCACCUGUUGGAAGCGACUAUAGAGGCUCCGACUUACAGGCUGGAGAGUUUGGACAACCCAAACACUGGUAUCCGUUUGCUGCGCCCGAGUAUACCGGUCAGGUACCCGGUGUAACCGCAGCCACCCAGCCGACCAACCUGAGCCCCCCCAUCGCCGAGACCAGGGAGCAAAUCAAACUGCCGGAGAUAAAGACCGAGAAGGACGCAGGUGAUGGCUACUCCACUGAACUGAAGCUCCAGCAGUACCCGACCCCUCCGGCCUCGGCCGCGAUGCCGCACGGCGUCUUCUACUCUGCGCCCUGGAACGCGUCCUCCUUCUGGCCCGGGAUUACGCAUAUCACACCCCCUGGUAGUAAUAACCAAAACCCAUCAACAUCCUCUGCAUCUUCCCCGUCCAUGUCUCCUUCACCCCCAAGCAACGGCCUCCCCGCGAAUGCCUUUUUCAGUGGGAACCCAUCUCAGACUGGAACUGGGCCCGGGACGCAGAACCCAGCUUCAUCUGCGCGCAGUAGUGGCUCCUCCAGCGGUGGGUGCAGCGACUCCGAAGAGGUAAGACGGGACGGAAUGGUUUCUCCAAACAGAACAGUGUAUGUUGGGUUCAUAUGUUUAACUAGGUGUUGUCUUUUCUGCUUUAUCCACCAGGAGAAUCUUUCCACAGAGGAACUGGAGCAGUUCGCCAAAGAGCUCAAACACAAACGCAUAACCCUGGGCUUCACUCAAGCUGAUGUUGGACUUGCCCUCGGAAAUCUUUAUGGUAAGAUGUUCAGCCAGACAACCAUUUGCCGUUUUGAGGCUCUCCAGCUGAGUUUCAAGAAUAUGUGCAAGCUGAAGCCACUUCUUCAGAGAUGGCUGAAUGAGGCCGAGACAUCAGAAAAUCCACAGGAUAUGUACAAAAUUGAGCGAGUAUUUGUUGACACUCGCAAAAGGAAGAGAAGGACCAGUUUAGAAGGAGCAGUCCGCUCUGCUCUGGAGUCCUACUUUGUCAAGUGUCCUAAACCCAACACACAGGAGAUCACGCAUAUCUCUGAUGAUCUGGGCCUGGAGAGAGACGUGGUACGUGUUUGGUUCUGUAACAGGAGACAGAAAGGAAAGAGGCUGGCCCUGCCUUUAGAUGAAGAGUGUGACGGCCAGUACUAUGAGCAGAGUCCUUCCCCACUCAACAUGGCGUCUUCUUCUAUUCCAAGCCAAGGCUUCCCUGCUUCCACAUAUCAUGGAGCUGCUCCUGCUUCACUCUACAUGCCCCCGCUGCACAGGCCUGAUGUUCUGAAGCAAACCCUGCAUCCUGGACUGGUUAGCCACCUGACCGGAUAAACCAACCCAAGUAG